UUUUUCAAUACAACAAUGUUUUACCUUAUAUGUUGGUUUUACAGUGGCUCUGUCACAAAAUCUUUGGCUGACUUGGAUCAUCUUGUAAAUGAGGACAUCCUUGCAAAGGACUUUGACAAGGGUGAUCUCAAGGAGUUUUGGGCCUUGAAAGAAAGCAAUCACCUUGAUGACUAUCAAGGUAAUGCCCAAAACGUUCAAUCACCAUUUUCUGCAUUAGACAGCUGGAAGGAAACUAGUAUAAAGAUCCAUAUCCCAGCUGAUGGAGUCCAAUAUGCAUCUGAGGAUGUGGCUUUGCUGUUCAAGGUUCCUGGCCUAUUUUAUUAG